CUCACACGAGGGAGGACGUGUGAUGACAGCAGGUGUGAGUCGGUGAGAGGUGAAUCUAGUUUUGAGCACGUGACUCAUAAAGUCGCACGUGAUUUCGGCAUCGUCAAUCGUCGUCUCCCACAUGAUCAACUUCCUUUCCCUCUCGUCUUCAUCACUUUCCUAAAAUCCCAUCACUCUCUCUUUUUUUUGUAGUGUGGUACUACCAAACAAAAAUCAAAAAUUUAAAAUCAAAAGUAUAUAAAAAAUCAAAAACGAAUAUGCUGGCUGAUUGUUUGUGUGAGUGUGUACGUAACUCAUAGCUCUUCGGUUGCAUCUGUCUUAGUAGUGAGAUUGACUUUGUUUUGUUAUGUAGUUUGAUUUCGUAUACUUCAUCAAAUCAGAAAUUUGAAUCCAGUGGAUCUGAUUUGCGGUGAUUUCACGAACUCUCCCCCUCCCACCUAUUCAAUUUUUUUUCCUGCUUUUUUCUUUGCCACUUCAAAUUGCAAUUGAAGCUUUACUGAACAUGGCUCUGCUCUGAAAGGCUGAUAUAAUUUUUGCUACUCAACUGUUCCUUUUGUGGGAUAAGUUAGGAGCUGAUAUAAUUUUUAGACCUUAAGGAAAUAGGCAAUGGGAGAUACACGAGAUGAUGAUGAUGCUGGGCCAGAAACCUGGUGGCCUUCAGAUUCUGUUGAGAGAUUUGGUUCUCUUCAUCUGGGAUCACAACAAGAGACCUCCAUUGCUAAUACUGCUUCAAAUAUUCUUUGGACCACUGGUUCGCUUUCUGACCCCAUCCCAAAUGGCUUCUAUUCCCUCAUCCCGGAUAGUAGAUUGAAGCAGCUGUUUAAUAGCAUUCCUACAUUGGAAGAUCUUCAUGCUCUGGGCGACGAGGGUCUAAAGGCCGAUGUGAUUCUUGUUGAUUUUCAUAAAGAUCAAAAGCUUUUCAGGCAAAAGCAGUUGAUUACCAAACUUGUCAGUGGAUUUAACUCAAAACCAGCUGCUAUUCUCAAGAAAAUUGCUGGUCUGGUGGAAAAUGUUUAUAAGCAAUCUACUCUGCAUAACCCGGCAAAAACUACACAAUCUCUUGACAACUGUGGGAUUCAGCUGCUAGGACAGAUUAAGAAUGGUUCUUGUCGUCCUCGAGCUAUCUUGUUCAAAGUUUUAGCUGAUACGGUUGGCCUUCAAAGCAGGCUUGUAGUUGGUUUGUCAUGUGAUGGAGCUGCUGAGAGUGUAGACUCAUACAAGCAUAUUUCUGUUACGGUUUUUCUUCAUUCUGUGGAAAUGCUGGUUGAUCUAAUGAGGUCUCCUGGUCAGCUUAUUCCUCUAUCUACCAAAGCAAUAUAUAUGAGUCAUAUCUCAGCGGCAGGGGAAAGUGAUUCUGCAGAGAACGACUCUUGCGAUUCACCUUUGGAGCCAAAUAGUCCCAUGUUUGGUUUUCCAGAGCUUGAAAAUGCAGAAAAAGAUGAAAGUCUUCUGUUUCACAGGAAAGUGGAAGGGCCUCGAAAUAUGUCUGGUCCACCAUCAAGGAAUAUGCUGUUACGAUCUGCCUCCAUGCUAGAGAGAAAAUUAAGUUUCUCAAAGAGCGAGUCAAACAUUGCUAAUGAUUUUUGGCGGCAGAACCGGAGAAAGUUCAUUGCUGAUCAGAGAACUGCUGGUUCCAGUCCCGAGCAUCUUUCCUUCCGAACACGUACAAGGUCCAUAUUAAGUGGCGACAGGAAUUUUGCACAAGAUUUCACCGGUGAUGUUGCCAAAUCAAGCUCCAAGUCUGUUGGAGGAGCAAAACUGGAAACUAAGAGAAUAAGGAGGAGAAGCAUUAGUAUAACUCCUGAAAUUGGUGAUGAUAUCGUUAGGGCAGUACGAGCAAUGAAUGAAGCGUUGAAGCAGAAUCGCCUCUCAAAAGAGCAAUGUGAUGAUGGUUCAUCUCCUAACUCUCCAAAUGACAGAACCGAAGGCCCUCAUCUCCAGACAAAUGUCUCUGGUUUCCAUCUUGGUGCUCAUGACCAAGUGUCUGGAGGAAGGUCGAUCCUUUCCAAGGAACCACUAGAUCCACAGAAAGCAAUCUCACUACCAUCUUCACCCAAAAACUACCGAGGCCAAUCCUAUGAACAGAAUGGAUCGUCAUAUCGUAAUAUAAGCCACAUUUGGGAUAAAGUAUUGGGAUCUCCCAUGUUCCAGGAUAAGCCAUUGUUACCAUAUGAAGAAUGGAACAUAGACUUCUCUGAGUUGACGGUUGGGAUUCGUGUUGGAAUUGGAUUUUUCGGAGAAGUCUUCCAAGGAGUCUGGAAUGGAACAGACGUUGCGAUCAAAGUGUUCCUUGAGCAAGACCUAACAGCUGAGAACAUGGAAGAUUUCUGCAAUGAGAUAUCGAUUCUUAGCCGACUUAGACAUCCCAACGUUAUACUGUUCCUUGGAGCAUGCACAAAGCCUCCAAGAUUAUCACUGAUCACUGAGUACAUGGAAAUGGGAUCUCUGUAUAACUUGCUGCAUUUGAGUAGACAAAAGAAGGAGUUAAGCUGGCGCAGGAAACUAAAGAUGCUGCGUGACAUUUGCCGGGGGUUGAUGUGCAUACAUCGUAUGGGGAUAGUCCACCGUGAUAUAAAGAGUGCAAACUGUCUUUUGAGCAGCAAAUUAACAGUCAAGAUCUGCGAUUUUGGGCUAUCGAGAAUAAUGACAGGGACGACAAUGAGAGAUGCAGUCUCUGCCGGCACACCAGAGUGGAUGGCUCCUGAACUUAUCCGCAAUGAGCCUUUCUCGGAAAAGUGUGAUAUCUUCAGCUUAGGUGUAAUAAUGUGGGAACUCUGCACAUUAACCAGACCUUGGGAAGGAGUGCCGCCUGAACGGGUUGUUUACGCUGUUGCUUACGAGGGAGCUCGGCUUGAGAUUCCUGAAGGGCCGUUGGGAAAGCUUAUUGCAGAUUGUUGGACAGAACAAGAACAAAGGCCUAGCUGCAGUGAUAUACUUUCUCGUUUGCUGGAUUGCGAGUAAGUAGUAUUCGCUUUGCUGACUUCUCUUGAAUCUUUUUUUUUUUCAUUCUGUGAAUAGAAUCUUUGCAGCAAGAAGAGGUCCUUCUUUGAGUUUGUACAAAAGAACUUUCGCGCUUUCAUCCACAAAAAAGCUUUGUGUAACUCUUUUUCCUUGUCAUUUCAAUUUAGUGAAGAUUUAAAACCUUUUGAAAUAAUUCCAAGUUCAUUUUCAGAUAAAACAAUUCCAAUUUGCAAAAUAGUGAAAAUGUAAAACAAUUCUAAUUUUAUAAUGGCAUUUUGUGUUAGCA